CACAUUUUCUUUAUUUUUCCUAAACAAAACCUUUGUUAAUGGCACUGCGCCUCUUUACCUCACCCAUCCUUCUAUCUCCGCAUCGUCCCUUCGUCCAGCCUCGGCACACCGCCCAUGAUGGCGGCGGCGGCCUCUAUCUGUCUCUAAGGCGCCGUCCGCCGCCCACGCUCACGGUGCUUCCAUUCCCCAGCGCUAGCGGACUAAACGCGGAAUGCUCCUCUCAAGAUACGGUUGUUUUCGUCUCCGAUGUCGAUCCUCCUGAAGCUCCCGCCGCCAUCGAUGCCUUUGAAGGUGAGCUGGACUCAGGUCAGUUGACAAUCUUGCAGCAGAUGAAGGAUAUCGUUAUGUUUGCAGGCCCCGCCACGGGGCUUUGGAUUUCUGGGCCUCUUAUGAGCCUCAUUGACACCAUGGUCAUCGGUCAAGGGAGCUCUCUCGAGCUUGCCGCGUUGGGUCCUGGUACUGUUUUUUUGGACAAUCUAAGUUACAUAUUUAUGUUCCUCUCAAUAUCAACUUCCAACUUGGUGGCUACUUCCCUUGCUAAAAAGGACAAUGCUUUGGCGCAAAAUCAAAUAUCUAUGCUGCUAUUUAUUGCAUUUACUUCUGGCUUGGGAAUGUUUCUAUUCACAAAACUUUUUGGUUCGCAGAUAUUAACAGCUUUUAGUGGAUCUGGGAAUGUGCAUUUAGUUUCAGCCGCAAAUUCUUACAUACAGAUACGAGGGCUUGCGUGGCCUGCAAUUCUUGUUGGAAUGGUUGCUCAAAGUGCUAGUUUAGGCAUGAAAGACUCGUGGGGACCCUUAAAAGCGUUGACAGUUGCUAGUGCUGUGAAUGGUCUUGGUGAUGUUAUUCUUUGUUCCAUAUGUGGCUAUGGCAUUGCAGGUGCUGCAUGGGCCACAAUGUUCUCACAAGUUAUUGCAGCUUUCAUGAUGGUGACAUCAUUAAAUAAAACCGGCUUUAGAGUAUUCUCAAUAUCCAUUCCAUCACAGAGUGAUUUUCUUCAGGUUUAUGAGAUAGCUGCCCCUGUAUUUGCAACAAUGACAGCGAAGGUGGCCUUCUAUUCACUCCUUACAUAUUUUGCUACAUCAAUGGGAACAAUAACUGUCGCUGCUCAUCAGGUUAUGGUCAAUAUCUUUUGUAUGUGUACUGUAUGGGGAGAGCCUCUUUCACAAAGCGCACAGUCAUUUAUGCCAGAAUUGAUUCAUGGUGUCAAUCGCAGCUUAUUUAGGGCAAGGAUAUUAUUAAAGUCACUUGUUAUAAUAGGAGCAAUUGCUGGAUUAACAUUGGGAAUUAUUGGAACAAGUCUUCCCUGGUCCUUCCCUAAUUUUUUCACAGCAGAUUGCAUUGUUAUUGGAGAGAUGCACAAAGUCUUGCUUCCAUUUUUCAUCGCACUAAUGAUAACACCUGCAACACAUAGUCUUGAAGGAACAUUGCUGGCUGGAAGGGACCUUAGGUUUCUGAGUUUAUCUAUGACUGGUUGUUUCUGUUUCGGUGGCCUUUUGGUACUGCUUGCAUCCAGUCGAGGCUUUGGUUUACCAGGCUGUUGGUGGGGUCUCGCAAUAUUCCAAUGGGGCCGAUUUUCUAUGGCAUUGCAGCGGCUUACAUCUCCUUAUGGCAUGCUUUACAAUGAACAGUUUCACCAACGUGAACUUACGAAAUUGGAAGGCGCAUAGAAAAACCAAUUCUCACUGUUUGUAGCCUGUGUUUAAACGAAAUGAACGUUCAUUUCUACAUGCCAAUUUCUGGACCUCUCGCAUGUAGCAGUAGAUAUCCUUACGGUAAGAUGCUGAUAUCGCCCAUGCAUCUGACUAGGAGAAAGUUUGUCUCAGUUAUCUAUUAGAAACCAAUGGUUAGUCAAGAGCAAACAUAUACUCUAAACUGGUUUAGAUUUCCGAGAAUCGAAUAUGUAUUUCUAUU